AAUAACCUGCCUCUUCAGUGAAGAAGUGGAGGGAGCCCUUCUCCUUAAAGCCCACAGCGUCCUGCGGCAGCUAUUUCCAGGGCAGAGGCUGUGCUGUUGACCUAAUCAACAUAGACCUUUGGGGAUGGAUGGUUGGAUGGACAACCCAAUGGACAACUGUAGAAAUGGAAGCAUCAGAAGAUGAGCCUGCAGAGCCCAGGCCUCUCGGAGCAUUGUUGGGGCUGAUACAUCGGAGGUUCUGGGCACAUCCAGCCACGUUGCCAGGAGGCUGCCAUGCCCCACAUUCCUGAGGAGGAAGAGCCCCCCGGAGAGUCACAGGCAGCCCAGAGCCCCCACAGCCAAGGCCCUCCCACAGCCGGAAUAUCUUGCAACCUACCUGCGAUUGUCCUUACUGGGGAUGUCAGUUCACCAGAAGGAGCCACUGAUGAGAAUCAGGCCAACAGAGCGCACAGUCCACACAGGAGGCUUCCUCUCCGACGCCUGAAGGUUUCCGCAGCUCCGCUGACUUCUGUGGACCCCUCAGGACACAUCAUUGACCUGGUAAACGACCAGCUGCCAGACAUCAGCAUCUCAGAGGAAGACAAGAAGAAAAAUCUGGCCCUGCUGGACGAAGCCAAGACAGUAAGCGAGCGUUUCCUGACCCGCCGAGGAAGAAAGUCCAGAGGCAGCCCGGGAGGCUCACCAGCAGGUGCUUCCCCCAACCUCAGCCCCGGGUCAUCCCCCAGAUCCUCUCGGAGCAACUCACUCACAGUCCCCAGCCCUCCAGGGGAGCUCCAGCCCCCACCAGGUUUGGAUGCGUGCAGUGGCCCGCAGACCCCUCUGCCCGGAGCACCAUCACAGCUUCAGAAGGGGGAUGAGGCCGCCGUCUCUGCACCUCACCUCGGCGAGUGUAAUGUUCCCAAAGGGCUAGCUGAUCGGAAGCAGAAUGACCAGAGGAAAGUGUCUCAGGGGCGGCUGGCUCCUCGCUCACCCAUGGUUGAGAAGUCCAAAGAGACGGCAAUAGAACAAAAGGAGAACUUUGAUCCCCUCCAGCACCCGGAAACCACACCCAAGGGCCCAGCUCCUGGCACAGGCAGUGGCGGAAAAAUGGCCCUGAACAGCCCCCAGCCGGGGCCAAUGGACAGCGAGCUAGGGAGGCAGCUCCUGAAGACAGCCAGGGAGGGCGACCCUCUGCCAAGAAGUCCAGCCCAGGGCUCUGCAGGGGGAGUCCCCCUGGCCCCCCAGGGGAAAGGACCACCAGGGGAGCCAACAGGGCCCAAGACUGGCUCCAAAGCUGAGCUGGGGCCCCCAGUGUCCCACCCUCUCCUGCUGCGGGGGGUCUCCUGGGAUAGUGGCCCCGAGGAAGCCGGCCCCAGGCUGCAGAAAGUGCUUGCUAAACUGCCACUGACAGAGGAGGAGAAGCGUUUUGCAGGCAAAGGCUGCAGCAAGGUGGCCAAGGCUCCCGGACUCAAAGACUUCCAGAUACAAGUGCAGCCCGUGAGGAUGCAGAAACUGACCAAGCUCCGAGAGGAGCACAUCUUGAUGAGGAAUCAGAACUUAGUGGGGCUCAAGCUUCCCGAACUGAGUGAAGCAGCUGAGCAAGAGAAAGGGCCUCCUUCUGAACUCUCCCCUGCUGGUGAGGAGGAAGAGUCCAAGAGUGGCUUGGAUGUCAUGCCCAAUAUUUCUGACGUGCUGCUGCGCAAACUGAGGGUCCACAAAUCUCUCCCUGGAAGUGCCCCGCCGCUCACCGAGAAGGAAGUCGAGAACGUGUUUGUGCAACUGUCCUUGGCCUUUAGAAAUGACAGCUACACGCUGGAAUCCAGAAUUAACCAGGCCGAAAGGGAACGGAAUCUGACAGAGGAGAACACGGAGAAGGAACUGGAAAACUUCAAAGCUUCCAUUACGUCUUCAGCUUCACGCUGGCAACACUGUGAGCACCGGGAGACCUGUCAGAAGCUCGUGGAGGACCUCGCUGUCCUGCACCGCCUGGCUGCCCGUCUCUCCAGCCGAGCUGAGAUGGUGGGGGCUGUCCGCCAGGAAAAGCGCCUGUCCAAAGCCACCGAAGUGAUGAUGCAGUACGUGGAGAACCUGAAGAGGACGUACGAGAAGGACCGCGCCGAGCUCAUGGAGUUCAAAAAACUUGCCAAUCAGAACUCAAGCCGCAGCUGUGGCUCCUCCGAUGACGGGGUCCCCCGCACAGCUCGGUCCAUGUCCCUCACGCUGGGAAAGAACAUGCCCCGGCGGAGGGUCAGCGUAGCCGUGGUUCCCAAGUUUAAUGCCCUGAACCUACCUGGCCAACCUCCCAGCUCAUCGCCCAUCCCCUCCUUACCCGCCCUGUCAGAAUCAAGCAAUGGGAAAGGCAACCUACCCGCCACCUCAGCGCUGCCUGCACUUUUGGAAAAUGGAAAGACAAACGGAGACCCGGAUUUUGACACCACCGCCCCCAGCCCGACCCCCGGCUGCCUGGAGGAGAUUAGUCAGGAGACAAAGGCCAGGAUAGAGGAAGAAGCUUACAACAAGGGAUUCCAGGAAGGUCUAAAGAAGACGAAAGAACUCCAGGAGCUGAAGGAAGAGGAGGAGGAACAGAAGAGGGAGAGUCCUGAGGAAGCCGAAGAGGUGGAAGAAACUGAUGGGGAGACCAAGGACCCGAAAAGCAGCAAACUUGAAGAAUUGUUUCAUUUCUUACAAGUCAUGUAUCCCAAACUGUGCCAGCACUGGCAAGUAAUUUGGAUGGUGGCUGCUGCCAUGCUGGUCUUGACUGUCGUGCUGGGCCUCUAUCAUUCCUACACCUCCUGCGUGGAGCAAGCUGAUGGCCCCCUCGGAAGAGCCACUUGCUCAGCAGCCCACAGGGACUCCUGGUGGAACUCAGGACUCCAGCACGAGCAGCCCACAGAGCAGUAGGAAGUUUGAUGCCUGGCUAGUGCCCUGCUCCAAUGCCCCCGGUGACCCAGCAUGUCCCCAAAUAGAGGGUCAGGCCACAGGGAAUGAAGGGGGAGCAUUUCCUCUGCGGGAGAUAGUCACACACAGUCACUGAUGUUCUUGGAGGAGCCCCGAAGCUGCCCUGGGGAGGCGUCCAGUACACGAAGCUGUCACCUUCACCAAGGAGCUCCGUGGAAGGGAGGCCUCUGGCCCUCAGCUCGGUUGGCGGGAGAAUGCAAACACCUUCACGGAGGUGCAGAAUAAAAGCUCCCUCUCUCUCUCCUCGACAAGGGGUGAUCAGGAAGAACUGUGCUUAGCAGGCCCGCAUCGACCCUAAAAUCACACCUGGAAUUUGGAGUUGCAAUGGGGCUGCCUUCCCAUUCCCCAUCUCGUUCUUACCGACUAUCCUUCAGCCUCCCUCUCUCCCUUUUGGAAUUGGAGUUUCGUUUUAAAGAAGUAGGGACGUUUCUCAGAAAAACAAUACAUAAGCUGGAUUUCGCUCAGUGUUUAAAAUUAAGUGGGAAGAUGUGAAUUAAUAUAUAUCCAUCCAUGUACAUACGCAGUAUGCAUGUGCACAAAGCCAACCGCCCUCCAAACGUGCCGUGGACAACAAAAGGCCUGUCAAGCCAACCCACAGGCUGCCGCUUGGUAUGGGGCCGUCACCAGGCACCUGUAUUCAAUGAGCUCUCCACGUGGAUUGACGAUGUUUGAAAGACACGGAAACUUCAUUCAUAGCUCGAAGAUGCACUCGCUGGUCUCUCAGAUGCAAAUAUCAACUCCUUAUCUGUUCUCUCCCUUUGCGAACAGUUAGCCCUCCUCUCCGCUGAAGGGGGAGAAGUGGUGUAUCUUCAGCAUCAGUCUGACUCGGUGUGCUCACGCGCAAGUGUGCAUUCUCACGUCAGUGCGUCACUUCAAACAGGGUUUCCAACUCAAGUAUGUGUUUCAGAGAGUGCUCAACCGUUUAGCAUCAAAUGGAGGGAGAAUAUCCCAUCUCCAAUCUGUCUUCUCUUUCCCCCUUUACACCCACUGCCUUUGUUCAGCUCACAUCAGAUUUUUUGGGUUGUAGUGAUUUUCGAGUGAGUUUUUUUUUUUAAUUUUAUCGGGGGCUCGUACAAUUCUUAUCACAAUCCAUCCGUACAUCCAUUCUGAGUGAGUCUAGUGGCUAGUUUGCUUUUCUUUGUGUUAAUGCUCACAGGCAAGAGGGCUUCAGAAAUUUGCAGGGAAGAGAAAGAGAACCGCAUUUUCCCACAAACUUCUUGAUGCCUCUUUGUAGAAUUUUCUACGAACCACGCAUCGUCCCAAGAGUUCUAGAGGUGUUAAUUGAUUUACUUCUCAGGAAAAGAAGGAACACAACAGCAGAAAUAUAAGGUGAGUUGGACUCUCCCGUUUUCAGGCUACAAAUGUAGGCACAACCCAGACAAGUCCAUUGUCAAGGGCACUCGGCGGGAACUCAUGGCCAAGAAGGCUGCCUCCAGGGGCCGAGCUCUGAAUGGCCUCUUCUAAUGGUCUCCUAGCUGGACCCCUCCUGUUCCAGCCUUGGAGUCUUUCGGCUCACUGCUAGCAGAGCCUUCGCUGCCCUUUCUAGAGCAAAACGCUCAAUGUCGUCCCUGCUUCUCAUCCUUCAGGGACACGCUCCUAAAGAAUAAGAUUCCAUUUCUUCACCUGGUUUCCAAACUGCUCUGAACAUGCCCCCGGCCUCAUGUUUUAUAGCCCUGUGAGUGGCACUCCUUCCCCAAAUGGCCUUUUCUCCAAACCCGUUCUGGUUCCUCACCUACUGCGUCCCCACCACUCUGUUCCUCCUCUCCACUGGCUUGUCUCCCGCCAGCCUCUUCUGACCACGUCCUGCCCAAUCGUCAGGACCAACGGCAAAAAGCAUCCUCAUGCUGUCCCUGAUGGCCUCUCUCAGCACAGUGUAAAGACUUUCCUGACUGACCCUGGCUAGAGCUAUCACAGUAACUGCGUGCUGUCUUCCCGAACUUUCCUUCACAGAAAGGCACCAUGUCUUAGCCAUCUCUGGGUCAAUUCAGCAUGGGGGCUGAUGCUUGGGAGGGUCACAUGCAAUGUUAGUCCAAAGAGCAAGAGGGCAUUCAAGGCAGUGGAGGGCACGCCAAGGACGGCUAACCUUGUGCAUGCGUCCUGAGCCUGCCCCCCCAUCUCAACAAGGGAAGCAAUAGAUUUAUGAAGCUCAGCAUCUUGUACUGUUUCUCCAUGUCCUCUGUGAGAGGGCAGGAGGAAGACCAGACUGGCAACACCAUUUCUAAGCUCGGGCUGGAUGCAAUCCCUACCUUCUGAAAGACUCACCGAGAGCAGGCCCACCUUAAAACAACAGGUCAGUGUACGGGGACCAUCCUUUGCAGUGGCUAGAAACCCACCGAGCGAGAAGCCCAAGCAGGGUUUACCCAAGGAUGCACCUAGCAGGACAGAGGGACGUUGGGGGCGGGGACACAUAGUUUACUCUGUCCAGUGGGACUGAGGCCACAGAAGUUUUACAUACGUGAGGCCCUCUGGACCAAGGACAGAAUGUGUUGGUGGAGAUCCAGAGUGAGUGGCCUGUAGCAGGACCCUCGGGGAUCAAUGUCCUACCUCAACAUCCCACGAAGAAGGAUCCGACGGAGCUGGCCCACGACCGCCUGGAGAUGAGGACCCAAGGGGGGUGCAGCGAGCUCCUGGUCUCCCGCUGCGCCCCAGGCCUGGAAGUGUGUGUGAGGAGGGAGGCUGAGCGGCCUACCAGUCACCACAUCCAUUAGGGGAUCACCGCAGGAAGGGUGUUUGUUGAGGGAAGUUUCCAGAAAACGAAGAUCAGUCUGACACCUCUGAGCUGCUGCCAGCGCAGCACUGAAAUGGAGGGCCGCGGGCCCGAGGGUUCCCGCCGUGACAUGGGUCUGCACGAAAAUGGUCCCUUCAAACGCCUCUGCAGUCUGGCGUGGCCGCUCUGCCCGAGACGUCUGGGGCCCUACCCUCAGUCGCAGAGUGAUCCGCUUGUGCCAUCGAGGUCACCUGCUGCCUGCCACAAGCCCAUAGGCAUCGCCCCCAUGUCUAGGCUGGCAGAAAUCGGGAAAGGGAGAUGUCGGAUUUGUGUUCUCCCUGACCGUCACUUCCCGAUGCUGUUAAGCCUCUCACAGGUGUGCUCAUGUUGAACCGUAGAGUGUCACAUACUUGAGUUUGAAAAUAAAGCACAUUUCCAAACUU